AUGAGAGCCCCGGCACAAGCAAUCCCGAGGAAGAGAAUCAUGAAAGAAAAGGGUUCACGAAAAAGGGAAUCCCGAGAAAGAGAGUAUCCCGAAAGAAACAGUCCCUACAAGGAGAUGUCCCCGAGAGAAUCCGGAGAAAGCGAAUCACGAAAACAGGAAUUCCGAAAACGAGAAUCCCGAGAGAAUAAGUCCCUAAAGAAUCCCCAGGGAGUGAAUUGCGAAAAAGUGAAUCUCAAUAAAGAUAAGCCUGAGACGGAGAAUCCCAAAAAAAGAAUCUCAAGAAAGGGAAUCUUGAAAUGUUUAUUCGAAGAAGGGACUACCCCAGAAGAAUUUGAGGAAGAAAAUCCCAAGAACGCGAAUAACGACAACAGAAAUCCUGAAAAAGGUAAUCUCAAAAAAGGAGCUCGAAAAGAAGACGCCCGAGAAGGACAUUCGCCAAAAAGAAAUCUAGAAAAAGGGAAUUUCCCAAGAAGGGGAACCCCUAGAAGAAAAAUCGCGAGAACGAAAAUCGUUAAAAAAGGAAUCCAAGAAAGAGAAUCGGGAAGAAAAUUACAUUUUUUUACCAAUACUCUUUGA